AUGAAACGGAAGGUGGUUGAAGUCCCCAGUCCAGUUGGUGGCAGUAGUGCACCUCAAGACGAAGAACUAGAAGCUGUAGAAAGCAUAGCUGCUAGUAAAAACGCGCGCAGCCGCGCACCUUUCGUUCGCUCGCAAUCGCGCUACGUAACAGCAAUGUCUGCUCAACAGCAAAGAACAUUAACCGAGGCAGCGGGCUUGCUGAGCACCAUAUUAGCCUCAGCGGAGUCCAUACGAACCCUGUCAAAUGCCACCACACUCGGGCAGCAACCGACCGUUGCAACUCCAAGUGUGGUGGACACGAUGGACAGCCACCUAGCCUCGCUCUUCCCUACCCGCCAGCGUAGCGGCGUGCCAAUGCCAACUGCAGGUCACUUAUUGCCAACUGCAGGUCCAGUAAGAAGAGAACGUGCUCCACCACGUUAUCAAGCACAGCAAUGUUUCAGAACAUGGACGUCAGGCACAAGGAGAACAAGAGCUAGGUAUCAGCAACAUGACCAUUUCAACAAGGACAUAAUACUACUGCCCAAUCCAUCAUGGGAUGCAGUGUGCAAACAACAUCCAAAAGUAUGGUUACACAAGCACGGGCAUAUCCUCAAUGCCUUUGAAAUACAAAAGGCUUGGGACCACCAGACUGUUAUGGAACGCAUCAGGAAUGGCUUUGGUGAUCGUCUCCCUGAGGAUGUCGGCCUCCAAUUCCUAAUGGCAUGUGGCAAUAAGCUGGUGACCCGUACACUCCAAGAGGGUCAGGAUCUGAAUGGGAUGCUAAUCCAUAAGGUUUAUAAAACCAAAACCCUGUAUGUGAGACCAUCAAGGACCCUUCUAACUGACUCGGAGUCGGAAGAUGAAGACGAACUUUCCCACAUCACUCCCAGAUCAAUGUCGAGCAUGCAUUCAUCUAUUAAGGACAGUGAUGAGGAUUGUUUUGAAGUGUCUGGUCAACAAAUCCUAACAAGCAUGAGCAGCCAUGGCACCACAAGGGCCUCUACAAGAAGUUAUGAUGAAGAUGGCAACCCUGGCUCCAACUGUGACGCAGAUGAAGCCAGAUCCAAUGCCACCAACCACACUGCCGACAGUGCUGCUAGAAGUGGCGGUAACCCUGGCAUUAGUGGCCUUGACGGCGGCUGCCUUGCAAGAACUGAUGGCAACCCUGCCACAAGCAGUCAUGAUGAAGACUACUCUUCAUAUUUGACACUCAUGGCUACUCUUCCAGAUGACAGCUCAGAUGACGAGGAAUUACAGCAAGCGAUAAUGGCGAGUAUGGAGAGUCAGAUUGCAGAAAAGAUCCCGGUUCAAGAGAUACUCAUGGAACUUUCAAGCAAAGUUAGCACAAAACAGCAAUGCAAAUUUAAUAUAAAUCGCUCUGCUGUCUGGGAGGGUGCCAUGCGGGGCUUCAAAAGGGUAUCUUAUGACCCCAACUUGAUGAUGUGUGUAAAAUUCUCUGAUGACAUGGGGAGAAAUGAAGAAGGUGUUGAUUUAGGAGGGCCAAGGAGGGAAUUCCUUAGGCUGCUGAUGGAGACCAUUGCCAGGUCACCCAUGUUUGAGGGAAAAGAAAGCAGCAAAAACUUAGCUCUCGACAGUACUGCUCUAAGAGAGGAUUGGUACUAUACAGCUGGAAGAGCCAUUGCUGUAAGCUUAGUACAUGGAGGUCCACCACCUAACUUCCUCUCCCCAACAGUAUUUUCUCUUCUUGUUGGUGGCUCAGCAAAUCCAGGGCUAGAAGAAAUAGCUGACACCGAACUCUUGGAUAAAGUCAAAAAGGCUGAUGAGAUCUCUAAAACACUGCAGGAAUCAAACACUGAAGACACUCCCAAGACUCUGACACAAAUGUACACACACUUUCUCCGCUUUCAGAUCCAGCAGAGCCGCCGGAAAUAUGAUGGAGAAUACACACCAGAUGUUUCCUGGGAUAAAGACACCAUCCUUUCACUGGGGAAACUGGCAUUUCAUCAGCUGGAAGAAAACAACCUGAUCUUUUAUGACACAGACCUGGAAGCCUGUGGUCUUGACGUCUAUAAGGCAUCAGUGUACUCAGGCAUGUGUACCCAGAUCUUUAAGGAGGAAACAGGGAUCGUUCUUGGUACCAUGUACUGCUUUGUUCACUUGAGCAUUCAAGAGUUUAUUGCAGCUCUUUAUGCACAUCUGUUUCUAGACAUCAACAAGACAAGUGUGUUUGAUCAUGAGUCUACAGAACAGGAAAACAGAAAUGAAACCAUGAUUGAUUUUCUCAAGACUGCAGUGGACAAGGCGCUGGAGAGUGACAAUGGACACCUGGACCUUUUCCUUCGCUUCCUCCUCGGUCUGUCACUCCAGUCCAAUCGACGACUCUUACGAGGUCUGUUGACACAGCCAGACGGCACUGACCAGAGCAACAAGGGGAUAGUUCAACUCUUACGAGGUCUGUUGACACAGCGAGACGACACUGACCGGAGGAACAAGGAAAUAGUUCAUUGCAACAAGGAGAUAGUUCAGUACAUCAAGCAGAAAUUAGAAGCUAAUCUUCCUGCAGAGAGAUCCAUCAAUCUGUUCUACUGUCUGAAUGAACUGAACGACCAAACUCUGGUGAACGAGAUUCAGACCCACCUUAGCAAAGGAAGUCUCUCAUCUGGUGACCUUUCACCUGCCCAGUGGUCUGCUUUAGUCUUUGUGUUGUUGACAUCAGAGGAAGAGCUGGAGGAGUUUGAGCUUCAGAAAUUCAAGAAAUCAGACGAGUGUCUCAUUAGAUUAUCGGCAGUCAUUAAAACCUCCAGAAGAGCUCUGUAA